GGCUGUUACGACGUUUUGAUUGAGACGCUGCCUUGGCAGAUGAUGACGUCGGUCUGCCUCAUAUAAGUCUUUUUCCCAGUCUCUUUCACCUCAUCUUCACCUUUAGCGGUUGACUUCUCCGAUUCUUUGCAAAAUAUAUCCGCUCCUGGCGCCAUCAUCAUUCCCUCCCGGCAUCCCUUGCCAUCCCGCCACUGUAUUUCCCUGGUUCUAGACUCUGGAGAGCGCCACUCAUUGCAGCGCUGGAAUGCUGUAUACCAGCCUGAAACAUUGUAAAUAAAAGCGAAAUAGACCUUAUUGUACAUCCUAAACGACCUCGAGUCGCAUUCUCUCAUUGAACCGGGACUUCCGGCGCGUGGAACUCCCAAGCCCAAGCUUUCUCUCACUAUAUUGCAUCGGUCUGGAAGUCAACAUAUAUAGUUGCAAAGAUGUGGAUCAUAUCAUUUUGGUUAUUCCCGCUAGUCUCAGCAUGCAUGUGGGUUGCGAUGCUCAUUGCCAUGCUUGUCACCUGGGUCACGGUGGGCAAGCCACACUAUGCUAGUAUGGACACUGGACAGAAAAUUGCGUACAUCUCGGAUGUCGGAGCCCAGGGCUUGAAGCCACUCUUCAUUGCAGGCAGUGUAGUCACCGUCGUCUUCCUCGAUUUGGGAAUCAUCUCAGAGCGGUGGCUUCGACACGCCGGCCAACUGGUUCCGAACAAGGGUAAAUUCGACAAGGGUUGCGCCGGUGCCUCGAUCUUCUUCGCUAUUGCCGGUGCCGCCGGUCUCAUCCUGCUGUCAUGUUUCGACACACUGCGCCACCCCAAGCUUCACGAUGGAUUUCUCGCCCUGUUCAUUGUUGGAUACGUGAUUAGUGCAAUCCUCAUCUGUAUCGAGUACCUCCGCAUCGGAAUCUUCUACCGCCACGAACACCGCAUCCUGCUAGCCAGCUUCUUCAUCAAGGUUGCCUUCAUCAUCAUCGAAGUUGGACUUGCCAUUGGCUUUGGUGUUUGCAUGGGCAGCAAUGACAUAGCCAAGAAAGACCCCGGUGCGAUUCUCGAAUGGGUGAUUGCUUUUGUCUUCACCGGCUACGUCCUUUCCUUCAUGAUCGAUCUCCUGCCUUCUGUUCGGACACGCCGCCACCUGCCUCAGGGCCAUAAGCACAUGGAGAUGUCCCAGAGAGGAUUCGAUGGAAAUUCCGAGGGCGUUUCCAUUGAAGAGCCCCUGACCUACGACUCGAUGGGCCCGAACUCGGGCUUCUAUCGUGGCCAGCGAGUUUGAGAAUUUCUUUCCAUUUAAGACCUCAUAAUACAUUGCUUGCUUACAUUUCCCAUGUGUAAUUAUAUGAUGUGGACGAUUACUUUGAUACACCCAUGUUUUUGUUUUUGUUUUUUGCUUUCUUUCGGUUCUCAUGGAUACACAUCUCCUUUUGGUGUUUGGGAUAUACUGCUGCUAAUAACUUUGCUGUGGCUUUUAAGCAUUUAAAUUGUACACUUCUUUUUCAACAAAACUUUUCAUUUUCGUGGAAUUAAGAAACAAAAAGA